AUGCACAAUCUACCCUGCAUAUCUGAUUUUCUUGGCAUUGGCAAUGAUGUUGGAAGUGAUUUCAGUUUAUCGGCAUUUCGACGAGAUGAUAUUUGUCAUCCAUCAUCUUUGGCUAAUCGAACAAUCAAUAACACCAAUAACACGAAUAAGCAUCAAUACUUAUCACCAGAAUCCCAACAAUUGAACACUCAUCAGCUGCUAGGACUGUCAUCAUCAAAGACAUUAGAUCAACAUCAUCAUCAUAAUUCAAGUGAUAUUGGUAUCGAUGUACGUAGUAACGAUGGGACAUGUGAUGAAUCUGAUGCGAGUUCAUUACCUGAACAAGGCUGUGAUUUAAUUCAUUUAGCCCAGUUGGGUAUCUCAGGUAGACCAAAUCCAUUAUUGAAUGAUUUAGCUAGACAACAGGCAGGUCAAAAGAAACUAACCAGUGAACCUACAAUUCAGUCACCUUUACUGAUGAACAAUAAUAGUAAUACUGCCAAUCCUAGUAAACCGUGAUCAGGUGAAAUUUGUAAACUUCUUCAGCUCUCUCCUCUUACUUACAUCACCAAAAACAAAGUCAAGUGGCCUUUAUUCUAUUGAAGUCGUCGUUUUUUUUAAAAUAUUAUUUGUCUGUUUUGUAUUGCUGCUCUAUACUCGUCUCUUCUCCUCCUCUUUUAGCCUUAUUUAUGAUUUUGU